AUGAUUUUCCCAGAAAUUGAUUUUGUCGAAGAAUGGAACAAAAAGUAAGUUAAAUUGUAAAAAAUAAAGCAUUAAAAAUUCAUUUUUAGACAUAUUGAAAUGAUUCGCUUGAUCAAGCCGAUCGAUUUGGUUGAAAUCAUUCAAAAACGACGGAUCUCUUUCGAAAUGCCUGCUCAUUUGUCCGAGAAGAAAUACCCCCCAGAUGAUUGGGAUUGGCACGGUAAAUGUUUUCAUUUGCUGUCAGAAUCCUUUUGCAAUUUUCAACCACCAAUUCUGAAACAAUUUCUAAUAUAUAUCACAAAGUUUGAAAAUAUUUCAGAUCUGAAGAAGAAAAUAUUUCCACAAUACGGAACUUUCACUGUUGAGGGCGAAAAGAUGGGAUUUGUAAAAUGCAGACAAGUGGAGAAUUUGAAGUUUUUCAAGUUCGUUUUGAGAGAUGAGAAGAAUACACGAGUGGUGUCGAUUUAUAUUUUAGAGAGUGGUUCGGUUGAUUUUACGAGUUGUAAAACAAGUAGAGCGUCUCGUAAGUUGUGAUAUCAUAGUCUUGGAUUUCAAUGAAGAUUUUCAGCGACUGAUGUUCAAUAUAUUCGAAAUAAUCUGAAUGGGUCUACGAAAAUUGGAGCAUAUAAACGAAUGGCUGAAGAAGGAAAAGUAUUUUCAAUGAGUCAAAUCACAAACCAAUCGAUCACUCACAAAACCGUGGUUAAAAAGAAAACGGGUCCAAAAAUGGUCAGUAAACCGCAAGAUCUCUCCGCAUUUCAAGCAAAACGCUUCAAAACCUCAGUCUACGAACCAUAUGUAACACACAAUAAUUUGCGUGGUAUCAGAUUUAUGGAUUUUUCAAAAGAUGCACUGUCGAUUUAUAUGGCGUUAUGCCCAUCUGAGGCUGAAAUUCAUCUACAACGUGAAGAAGCUGUCAAAUAUUCGCGUCUUCCGGAAACUUCAAAAAUCGAAUAUUUGAGUGAGUUUUUGAAUGAACGUCAGAAAAAAGAAAUUCUCUUUUUUUCAAUGUUACUUAGAAAAUAGGAAAUAAAAUUGAAUCAUCAUUCAUCACAACUUUUCACUUCUCAUUCAGAUACACUUUUUGCAAAUCACCCCGACGGAAAAGUUUUGAAAUCUGGCGCUGAACUUGAUUCAACAUACACAGAUACCGAUGCUCUGGUUUCAACAUUUGCGGUGGAAUUACCACUUUUUGUGUGAGUUUAUAAUUUUAAAAUUGAUAAAUUUUUCUUUUUUAUUAAAAUGCAUUGAUUUAUAGAACAUCAUCAUCUGGAAAAAAUGUGAAAAUAUUGAUGGGUUGGUCAAUUCAUUCAAAUAAGGAGCUUGUGAAUCACGAGGCUUUUGCCAAGUUCUUGGCCAGCAAAAUGGGAGAUUUCAAAAGAAUUUCCAGUUUGACCGUUGAUGGAGAAAAAUCGUUUUCGAUUUAUUCACAAGUUAGUUUUAUUUAUUCAAUUUUUGAAAUAAUUCACCUUUAUGUAUUGACAGAUUUUACAAUGCCCAUUGUUGCGCUGCCAAGUCCACAUUGCCAGCAACAUCAAAGACAAAUUUGGAAAAAACGGAAAAGAACUAGUCGACAUUUUAAUGGGAUCGAUGGUAAAACUUUUACUUCUAGCUUGAUGAACUCUCACUCAAAUAUUUUUCAGAGUCCUUCUGGGAACUGGAUCAUGGGACUUUUGCAUUGCGGAACAUUGGAUGAAAUGACCGAGAAGAUAGAAAGUUUGUAUUUGGAUGGUGGAUUGAAUGAUGAUUGGUAUUCAUAUUUGAAGAAAAAUGGUAAAAUGUUGUUUGAUGGAUGCUCGGUUUAUUCAAAAAUAUAUUGUGGAAUGGUGACUUUGUACAACUCGACGAAUAGAACGGAGCAAAUGAAUUGCGACUUCAAACGUGCAAUUGCAAAACAAGUUUCACAAGCGGACAUAGCUCAGUUUCUUCUCGACUAUUCAAACAGUAAGUCUAAAUAAAGAAAAAAAUCACUAUUCAAGGGUUGGUGCUUUCCUGGUGAAAAAAUCGUCUGCAAAAAGGCGUCACAGUGUUGUGUGCAAACACACACACGAAAAUUCAAAAACAACUGCACUAGAGCGCCUUUACAUGUUUUAUUUCGUAGGUUUUAACUCGCUUGUGUUUUUGAGGAAAAACAUGGGCUGAAUUUAUACUAGAUUUUUUUCUAAAACUUAAACCUUCCAGGAGCACCUUAUUCCUAUCUAAACCAAGCAAAAUUCCCUGGCGGAGCACCAACCCUUUCAGUGAGACGAACAAUUAUAUUAACCUAAUAUUUAACAUUGAAUUCACUUUGUUUUUCAGAGUAGAGUAUAACCCUAAUUUUUAUAGCUAACAAUAAGUAGUUUAUACAGCUUGGCCUAGGAUUCCAAAACCUCGAUUCCGAAAGUUGAGUUAUUUUUCAGAGACGGUUCUCGACUUGUAUCGAUCAUUAAAGUUUGAUGAUGGGCCGAUUCGUUUCUUGAAGUUUUCGGAGUCAUCGAAAUUGGAUUCGGUACAAUUAACAGCGUAUGCCGGGCGACUAGGGUUCCAUGAAUCAGAAGUAUUAUUUUGGAAUUGGCCAAUAUCAUUUUACUCAAGUAAGUGAUAUAUUUUAAAAAAUUACAAAAAAUAUAGAUUCACAGGCAUAAAAUUCUGAUUUUUUCUGCCACGAGUGCACGUUUCACAUGAUUUGAAUCAUUUUCGCGCUUUUCAUCUUCUUUCUUCACUACAAUUUCCAGGAGAAUAGAAAUAAUAAUUUCUCGAAAUAAAAAACGUGCCGCAUUUUGCCAAAUGAAUCUCGCCUCCCGCGAGAAAUUUUUUUUUCGGCAGAAGGCAUUUCUGAAUAAAAAAAAGUCAAGAAUUUAUGCCUGUGAGAUUUGCCAAAUAUUUCAUUUUCAUUACUAAUAUUUUUUAAUUUCAGGUCUCGAUUUGUCGAUUCUGGUCAAAAACUAUGAUAUUACAAAACGACUUAAAGUAAAUGUUAUUCAAAUUGGACUUUAUCACAUUGAAAACCCGGAAUUAUCAUCAUCUGCAAGAUUUGUCACGGUUUUCACUGAAGAUUCUCUCAUUUGUCAAAAAUGCACCGAUUUUGAACCACAUUCAUUAUGUGAACAUUUGUUAGUUUUUAUUUUCAAAUAUGAACGUAAUCAUUCAGUUCUUAUUUUUCAGAUUAGCUGUACUGAACAGUUUGAGUGAAACUGAUCGAUUCGUCAAUUUAUGCAAACUCGAACUGAAAAAACGGAAAGAAAUCACAGAAAGAAAGGAGUUGUUGAAGUCUGCUCCGGUGGGAGCUGGUCAGAAGUGUCCACGAAAAGCAUCCGAGCGGAGUCAUCAUAAUGAUCAAAGAAUAAUCAAUAGAGUUGUGCUAAAUCCGGCGUUGUGUCAUAAUCAAAUCAUUCGCGAGACAAAUGAAGAAAACCCUACAGCGGAAAGUUCAUCAAGUUCUGACAACUCAGUGAUGUUCAAUAAUUAUGAAUCAAGUUUUGAAGAUGUUACGACAACGGAGACGACCGUUCAUGAUGAGAAUAUUGAAAUUGGUUCAAUCACAUCAGAAGAUGAUGUUUUCCCAGCCGAAAAUCCGAAUCCUGAUUUGAAUAAAACAACAUCCGAAAUCCCCGAAAAACACAAUACUAAUUGUUCAAAAAAGGAAGUGAUGCGAGAUUUUUUAUCGAGCGCUUUUCUAUCGGAUAUUCAAUUUAUUGCUGAUCACAACAAAGUCGCUCUUUCAGAUGAUUAUUGUGCGGUGAGUAAUCAAUUUCAUCUAAUAUUUUUAGACUAAAAACCCGAAAUUUACUCAAAGUUCACUAACAACUUUGAAGUUACAUUAAAAUUUAUAAACAAACCAAGAUUUUUCGCGAAUUAAGUCAUGGAGACGCUUUUUGAAAAUAUCACUGCAGAAAAUGAUAAUAAUCUUUUACAUCAAUUUAUUUUAUUUCAGAAUCUUGCAAAAAUGGUGAAUUGCAUUAUGGAUGGGAUAAGUGAAUGUUCGAAAUGUGGCGUAUGUUCGGAAAGAGAACAUGGAAACUUGUUUUGUAAUGCUUGUGAUCAAUUCGCUACAAUGCAUUGGAAACCGUUUUUGUUUCCAUCUGGGUCCGAUUUUUGUGCAUCUUUAAAGACAUUAAAAGUGAGUUAUUUUUUGUGUUCUAUAAACAAAACCAAAAAGUAUUCAGUUCGGCACCACCGACUUUGGCGACUCCAGUUUGGAUGACAGUAUCGAAUCAUUGAAUCAAUUGGGAACUGACAAAGAACGAAACCCAAUCGUCAACGUUUUGCAGCCUUCAAAUUCGGUUGUUCAAGAAGGAUGUUCGACAAAAAUGAAGGAAGUUCCACAAAAACCAGAAAGGCCAAAACGGAACAAUGGAAAAAGGACAAGCUAUGAUAAAAAUGGACCUUUUGAAAUUGUCAACGAUAAAAAAGUGUAUAGGUGAGUGAUUUUGAGCAUUUCCGAUGUGCCAUCUCUCAAUCUCAAAAGUUUCAGAUAUGCAUAG